UCUAAAUAUAUGAUCAUUUGGGAGGAGCUUGUAUGUCAAUCAUCUGUUGAUACCAGUGUCCAGCUGUUAAUCCCUGACCACAAGAUAAAUAGUUUGAUCUUAUCUAAUUUAUUGCAACAAAAGUAAUUUAUAUAAUAUGGAAGUAAAUGGAGAAAUGGAAAAAAAUAUGAAAAGGAAAAAAAAUAAAAGGAAAAAAUCUUCCAAAAAGAAAAAAACUAUGGAUAUGAGUGUAAAAGUGUCUUUAAAAUCCUCUGACAAAGGUUCUUACUACAACCAAGAAGAGUAUGCUUCUGAAUCUGACACCACCAACAGUGACAGCAGUCUUUAUUCCAGAGAAAAUAAUCUAAAUAGUAGUGUUUCUUUUCUGAAACUUACAUCACCUUUUGAGCAGUCAUUUGAAGUCGAAGACAUUGCUGCUGCUUCUUCUGUUGCUGCUGCUGAUACAUGUGAUAAUAAUGAUGAUGAGAGUGACAAAGAAAUGAACAUAACAUGGGAAGUGAAUUCCAACAAUGACAACAUUUCUGACUCUGAUAUGUCUAGUGACGAUCAAGAGGAUGUAAGUGUAACUGGUCGUGCAUUAAUACAGUUGAAGAUUUUGCAGAAAAAAAUUAGCCAGGCUGCUAUUUGUAGUACUUGUAAAACUGGUGAAUUAAAUGUUAUUGAUGCGAGUGAAAUCAACAAAAGUGGACUUUGCUUGAAAUUAGCAUUUAGAUGUAAUGAGUGUCAUUCAAAUACAGUGUUUGAUACUGAUAAAAAGGGAAACUUUGAAUUUAGUAAAAUACACAAUGUGAACCGUCUUUCAGUUUUAGCAAUGCGCAUGAUGGGAAAAUCUAGAAAUGCACUUCUAAAAUUUUGUUCCAUACUUGAUCUACCAAGUCCAGUAAAUUAUGGGCCCUACAAAAAGCAUACGGAGACAUGGAAAGAAAUUGCUACUGAAAUCAUAGAGGAAAAUCUGUCUGAAGCAGCGGAGGAAAUUCAGCAAUUGAAAAGAAAUUCCGGUUGGGAUGGAGAGGGAGCAUGCAAAUGUUCCGUUUCUGUCGAUGGAUCAUGGGCACAUGUAGGAUAUAGUUCUAGAUUCGGCUUUGUAAGUGUUAUAUCUGUUGACACAGGAAAGGUGUUAGAUUAUGUGACAUUAUCAAAUGAAUGCAAGGCUUGUAAGAAAUGGGAAAGAGAAGGAAAAACUCAUACUAGGGAUUUUUUGCAAUGGUUUGUUGAACAUGAGAAAGAUUGCACAUUGAAUCAUGAUGGGUCAGCUAAGACAAUGGAGGCACAAGGUGCUGUAAUACUUUUCCGUCGCUCAGAAGAAAAGCACAGUCUUCAAUAUACAACAUAUGUCGGUGAUGGUGACAGUUCAGCCUAUGGAAAUGUAGUAGAUUCUAGACCGUAUGGCCCUAACAUAAUUUUUGCAAAAGAGGACUGUGUUGGACAUAUACAAGGGCGAAUGGGCAAACACCUAAGGCGCCUUGUUGAUCAGUAUAAAGGUACGGUACAGUACAUUGUAUUACCCUCUCCCUUUUAAUCAUCAAAAUCUAAAGUUGCAAGUAUAGGAUUUCAGUUUGACAAAUUAUAAAGAGAUAAACUAUCUUGUAUAUCACAGUAGGGAACUGUAUGAACAUCUAUGCUAAUUACGCCCUUAUCAUCAUGAACAAACAAAACCUAACUGACCAGAUAAUUGAUAACUGAUAACGAAUAAUAAAUGCAAGUAUUAUAUUGUCAACUUAUUUCAUUCAUUUUUUGGUUUAAAUGAUUGCUAUAUUAUGCAA